ACGAGGGGGAAAAAAAUCUCUCGUAAGAGGCUAUAUAAACGCCAGCGCCAGGCCCGAGGCACUCCGCGGCGCCUUUGAUCUCUACGAUGGUCGCCCCGAUGGAGGUCCCAGAGGCGCUCUCCGGUCCGCGGCUCUUGCGCUCCUGUUCCGCCGCCCGCUGCGCGCUGGGGCUGACUGUGUUGUCUCUGGUGGCCUCGCUCACCGCGCUGGUUGUGACGCUGACGAAACAGCCGCUGCUGCCCCGGACGCCUCCGCCGCUGCCCCGAACGCCUCCGCCGCUGCCUCCCGCGCAGCAGAAUUACGCCCAGCUCGUGCUGAAACUUAACACCUCAUCCAUAAACGAGAGGAAGCUGGACUGGUACACCAAUGAAACAAUUCAAGGAGUAUAUCUUGGACAGUCCUUUGAAUAUAGCAACAAGACACUAAAGGUUUCAGUUGGUGGCCUGUAUUGUAUAUAUACCCAGAUUAACUUUACACACAAUUUUGGCAGUACCGCUAAGCAAGAGGCAAUGAAUGCUAGUGUGUUGAUCCAUCGUCAUACUGCCGAUAGUUCUGAUUCUCUCCCUAUUCUGACUCUGCCCCUGGACCUGUCUCACCGUUCAAAGGGAACAAUGCCUUUUAAGGCUGUACUUUAUCGACUGGAAAAGAAUGACAGACUGCAUGUGACAAUAAAGCCAAAUAACAAUGGAAAACAUUAUGGAUCCCUCAGCAGUCGUGACAGCUUCUUUGGAUUGUUCCAGAUUCUUGACACAGUCCCGAGAUGACUAUAAUCUCUCUCUCUCUCUCUCUUUUGCAUUUCUUUUGGAUGCAAUGUUACACCACUGAUCCCUAAAAAGGUGAAUUUUUACGGACGCUGUUACUUGAAAGUAGCAGUGCUUCCAAACUGUGAACUAUGUUAAUGUUUGGGCAGUGGGCACUAGACAUGGUUGUAUUGCAUUCUGAGUCAAUUUUUAUAUUUUUAUAUUUUUUGCGGUACUGGGCUGCUUCUGCCCCAAACCAUGGUAGCCAUUGAGUUGAAGUACAUCAAGCCAACUUUCAGGAUAUCCUGUUGGCACAGAAAAUGUGGACUAUUGAACUCCUUCCCAGUGACAAAUAGACUGAUCUUUCUGAGCCAUUGAGCUUCAGAUGAAUUGCUUGGGCUAGCCCAAUAAAUAUUUUAUGUUUUCAUCUUUUGGAGAGCUGAUCAUAAGCGCCCCAUAUUACAAACUGAUUUAGACACUAUUCCAUUGAAAAGCAUUUUGCUAUGUGCUGUGAAGGAGGACCAUUAUGGGAAUUAAAAGCAGCACAUGGAGCUAAUUUUUGUGAUUCUUUGGUAUAGAUCACACCCUUUUCCUUGUUUAAUUUGAGUCUGUGGGAGGAUGCUUUCUCCUUCUUUUCCUUUCAUCCCCUGUUCCUUUUCUCCAGGGAGUCUCUUUGAUAGGUAGGCACUUUGUUGCCUGCUUGUGACUGGUGCUUUUUUCUUUUUCCUGCCAACUUGCCUUAGAAACCACAUGAGCUAGGCAGAAACCCCAAUCCGAGGUAGAAAAAAAAAUAAAAGGAAGGACAUCAUUAGAAACAUUUAAAAUGCUGAGAAAAUUUUUUUCCAUCCUUCCUCCUAAAUGCAGCACCCCAACUGGUGGCAUUUACUACAUUAGCCCAAUUUUAGAAAUGUUGUAGAAUGGAAAAAAAUAUUUUUAUAUGAAUUAAUUUGUAAUAUUAAUGAUAUUUUAUAUGGA